AAAAAAAAAAGAAAAAAAAAUACUCCAUUCAUAAAUAAAAACCGCUCAUUUUUUUCCUUUUUCCUAAUAUUGCAUCCAUAUCCGUGUGUGUGUUGACAAUUUAUAGUAUGCGAGAUAUUUCGAAUGAGAACUUUACGCUUCUGGGAGGCAGAAGAAACAAUCAAAACUAUCACCGACAGGUCUUGAUUGAAUACCAACGCAUGAACCAAGUGGCUACAGAGUAUGAGCGAAAACACGUCUAUCGAAUUGAAUGCCAUGAUUGUAAUUUUGUAUUAACAGAUCGGGGUAUGAACGCUGUAUUACUCUCGGAUCGUGCCGUUCAACUAUUCUCGACUGAUUUAUUACCUGAUACUGUGUCAUUUGUUCACGGCGAUUAUGCAGCUGCUUCGUGUUCAUGUAGAGUACGUGAUAUUGCUUGCCUAAACUGUGGUAACAUUGUGGGUUACCAUGUCAACGUUCCGUGCAAAUUAUGUCUCAGCCAACCUAACAAUGGACACUAUUGGAUGUUUCGAAGUUAUGAUAUAUCUGCGCAACAGAUCUAUGUCCAAUUGGGCCCGAAAGGAACAGAUUUACCUCUAUUAUGGGGAUUUGUCCGUGAUGCAGGUGAUUUCUCUGGUGGCUUUUUUCGAUCGGGUGAUUCCGCUGCAGCUAAAUUGUCUUGUCAAUUAUCAGUCCAUUUGGCCUCCUCUGUGCCUCUUGUCGUGCAUGAGCCGGUUAUAAAAACAGUGAUUGCACACACGUUCAAUGAUGAGGAUACACACAAUAGACACGUUCAGUAUUGCAGAUAAAGAAACAAAAUAUUUAUUAAAACUAGUAUUAUUAAUAUGUAAAAGAGUAGGGGAGGGGGUUAUAUAAGUUUUUUUUUUUUUUUUUUUUUUUUUUUU